UAGGAAUCCCUCCCGUAAUGACAGGUCAAGAAAGCAUCAACACAGAAGACUACCUGACAAUAGCCACGUAUCUCACAGAAAUCUACGACACUUUCCGAGGAGAAAUACCUCACGUCAAACAUCCAAAACUGCCUUUGAAAUCCAGAAUUCCAAAACUCCUUCCUGCAUCAUCGAAGCUAAAACAUUGCCACACCAAAACAUCUCAUGUCUGCAAUAAAUGCUCGCAAAAAAAUCCUGUGCUCUCUCAAUGUUCCAAAGAUGUACUGAGCAACAGUAAGAUAAUUGUCAAAAAGCAUUCCUGUAUCAACAAAAGAACUGACAGCGAUAUUCCAUUAAAAACUAAGAAAAUAAUAAGCAGUGUGACCAAAGAUGCAAAAGGCAGUAAAAGUAUCGUUGGAACAGGACAUUGUAAACCAGUAUCAAGCAGAUCAUCACAGAGCUCGGGAAGAAAAACGAAAUGCGUUAAAGUUGUGUACAGAAACACCUCACCCAGAAAAAAGCUUUUGAAACGGGAAUCUGAAACGAAAAGUCUAAAAGUGCAAAAAAUAAAAGCUGAAAAAUCUCGUGAUGGUUGCUCGGACAUUUCAGUGAAGAAAAAACGUAAACAUAGUAACAACGAUAUACCAGCAAAAACUAAAGCAUCCGUUAAACAGCAUCAGAGUAAUUCUAAAACAACGAGCAAAAGUCAAGAAGAGUUAGUAACCAAGCGUAGUCAGACAGAGGAACGUGACAGUUUAUACAGAGAUCCCCGUAAAGAAACCGUUAAACAAUUCAUGGCAAGGAUCAUGCUGAAAAGAAAGAAUUCAAUAUUGCGAAAAAUAUGCAAUUUAUCGGUCAUUCAAGAGAAACAAAGUGAGCCGGAAAAGCCCCAAAAGAAUGAUGACGCGGUUACCGAAAAAGCGGAAGAAGUUGAAGUAACAGUUGAAGAUCCAGUGAUAAUGGUUACACAGCCUUCUGUUAAAAGCAAUAGUCCUGACCAAUGCUUCUAUAAUCCAUACGAAAAUCCGCCAGAAUUACCAGAAGUACCGGAUAGCUUGAAAAAUUUCAAAAUUGAUGAUCAAACGGAAGACGCUUCUUGCAAAGUUAUUGAGAUCACCUGCAAUAACAUGUAUUCACAAGGAGAUAGCAGCUUUAGCACUUCAUGUAGAGAUACCAACUCUAGGUCUAUCUAUGAUCACUAUGAACAGCCGAAACAGUUGAAUGAAGAGUAUGAAGUACAAAAUACAAAGGACUAUUUCCAGUGUGGAGAUGCUAACGGAUUUGAUUUCAAAAAUUAUAUAGAAGAUGAUAUCUUGCAUAAACUGAAAUAUGCUAAAAGAGAAAAUAAUAUCGGAGGGAUACAAAAUUUUCGAAAACUGCGAAGUGUCCAUGAAUCUAAUCAAAACUCGGUGAUGCAACUUAGUAGCAGUGCAUCCUUGGUUAGAAUUAAUGUCAUUGAGAAAAAGACCAGGCAUAAGUUCACCUUACAGCAGAUAGAGUAUAGUUCCUCUUUGAAUCAGCUGGUGAUAUCUGAUAAGGUAAAAAUAAAUGUGAAACUGUUCAAUCAUGGUCUAUACUAUAUCAACAGUGAUUAGUAAAAACAAUCCUCAAAAUAUAUUAUUUGUUUAGAAAGUUUCCAGCGUAAUUUGAUCCACUUUUCUCACCUACUUUAUUAUUUUAAAGGCAGAUUUAUCAAAUAUCAUUGACAUACAGCAGCAACAAAAUAACUCGAAAGUAACGCAUUCAAAGCAUUCAGCAAAAUCCAUAAGAAAAAAAUGUGAGAGGCAUGAAUUUGCCAGGAAAACCAAUAAGACUAACAGUGGACUUGGAAGAAGUAUCAGAUUUUGCUGCCAAACUUCGCAGACGCUGUCAAAUUCGAACGUUAAUCUCUGUCAGAGUGACGAUCUGUUGAAAAAGGGGAGCUUUAGAAAUUUUUUGUUGUACAAAAAAAAGAAAAUGCAGGCCAGUGAUGGGAUUUCAAAUGGAAUGUUCAGUCGUGUAAGUGAUUGGAUCAAAGCUAAUGACUUCAUCAAAGACAAAGAUAGAAAAAAGAUAGCGGAAGGUGAUGGAGAUACGAUGACUAUGGUUUAUACUGCAAGUAAAAUCUCAGGUGUGAUGGCAUCCUGCAAGCCUGAUCCUUAUCAUGAUAUCAAAGUGGAAGAGAGAACAGACGUUGUGCGUUGUGGUGGCGAUUUGGAAAAAAAUGUCAGUUCCGAAGAGAAAUUCGUAGAGAUUGUUAAGAAUAUGAAGAACAUCAAGCCCGUCCGACAACCAAGCAAAUUCUCCCAGUACUCUCCGUUUACCAAAUCAAGUACGAACUUGACUGCGUCAACACCAGUUCAGUUCUCUGUGAUUGUUGAAGCAGAAGAAAAGGAUUCUCAUCAAGACUUACCCGAAAAUACAAAGUCGAGCGCGAAACUGAGUGACCUGAACGCAAAAACGUUCAAAACGGCAUAUAUUCAUCCUAUCACAUCAGGGCAGGUCGCCAGGCCGUCUAGCAGACAUAAGAGGCACGCUGUGAUGGAACCUCCACCGAAACAGAACAGUAUAGAUAGAAAAGCUAGGAAGAGGAAAACGCUCGAAAGAGUCGGGGCAAGCGUGGAGGAAAGACAAAAAAUCCUGGAAGAGAUAGCGAGCAACCGUACCGAAAGGCAAAACAAACGUCGGCAACAAAGGAGAUUUCAAACCGCACAGUUCAUCAAAAGUAUGCAGAUGUUGCAAUCCAAUGCAAAACCAGACAGUCAACCGUUCGAAGAUUACGCGAUAUUUUUGUACAGACAAACAGCUCCGAAAUUCGAAGAUCGAGUGAAAGAUCUCGAGAAGCAGUUCACUUAUGUGCCUCAUCAUGACAAUAAAGGAGCUACUCAAACAGGCAGAGCUACUGGAACUGACGAUGAUUUGGUAGCUAGAAUCAAAAGUUUGGAGGACAAAUGGCGAGACCCUCAGCCUGUCGAAAAGAAACCAAAGGAUCUGCUUAGAGCUAUCGGAAAAAUUGAAACAUCCGACUGGAAUAUCAAGGAGAUUGAAAAGAAGAUCAUGGAAAAUAAAAUGGGCAAGCCAUCCAAAGCCAUCGACAAAGAGAAGGUUCCAAAAUGGAGUAAAGAACAAUUUUUGGCCAGGCAAACCAAAAUGGAAAGGCAACAUUACAAUCGCCAGGAAAGUGGUGAAGCUAAGUAUGCAGACAUUGACAAAUGCAUCCAAAAACUCGACCAAAAGCUGAAAGAAGGAACUACACGCGAGUUGGGAACAAGAAGAGUAGCUUCUAUUAGAGAUAACUUAGUGAGCAAAGUACCCGCUGAGAAGGAAGCCAAACGUCCAGAAAAAUCGCCUAGUCGUACCCAGAUGAUGUUACCAUCCCAGAGUGCGUCCGAAUUUUGUCAUUUCUGUAACAAGAGGGUAUAUCUCAUGGAAAGGUUAUCAGCAGAAGGCAGAUUUUUCCAUCAUGGAUGCUUCAAGAGUUCAGGGUCAGUACGCACAGCUAGUCGUUCAGACGCCUUCGAAGAUGGAAUAUAUGGCUAUAAAUUCGUCUGUGGACAGAUCAUUUCGGUAUGUAGGUGACUACCAACGUGACAAGAAAGCCAUCUUUGAGGCUUAAUGUGCAGGCUAACAAAAUCCCCUCCUGACAAAGGUACUCUACCAGGAAUAGCUAAUGUAGACUUGCUAGAUAGAGUUCAAACUCCAGAGCGAAUAGAGUUUUCCAACCUUUCCACUGGAAAUGCAUCUUCGAUUCAUGAGGACUCUCUUAGUCAAAUGGAUGAAGAUGAAUGGACGGAUAGGAAUUUUGGUGCUUCAUGUGCUGAACAGGGAGAUAGUGAUGACGAAACGUCCAGUGAUAGUGAUUCGGACAUUGAUGAUGAAGAAGAAGAAGAUGAUGCAUAUGAUGAUGCUUUAGAAGAUCCAGAAGCCAAAGAUGGUGCUGCAAAAUGGCCUGAUAGAUGGAAGCAUAGCUAUAGAAGGAACUCCAAUGAUUCUGAUGAAUUUAGCAGCAGUGACGGGUCUAGUUAUUACGAAAAUUCAUCAGAUGAUGAUGAAUCAGAUACGGCUACUGAAGGAGAAGACGAGAUCAGGGCCCGAGAAUUACGAAGACAAGAAGUCCAAGUGGAACCACCCGUUGUGCAUACAGACACAGGAACAGACACCGAGAUUGUUAGUGAUGAGUCAAGCUCUGAAUCUUCAAGUGAAGUCCAGAACUCAGCAACUGAGAUUUCUACCGAUUCAGAAUUCGCUCAAGAUGACCCGACACCUACCAGGGAAAUGCUGACUAUAGCUUUAAAUGAUUUCCAUGUCACUAAAACUAGGGGAAGCGGCAACAAUGGAGUUCCCAGAAAGAUACAAGUUACCAGUGGCUAUAUUCAACGUCCUGGAGAUGGAAGAGGUGUACCGAAAAGGUCUGAUGUCGAACUGAAAUUGAAACCGCUUGUGUCUCCAUCUGCUGGUGUCAAACGUACGUUGCCCUUACAGAGCUACGCCUUGAACAGAACCCAAAGCACUGGCGGUAUGGCAGCCAAAGUAUCGCUGGAACUAAAGAAAAAGUACCUUCUUGGUGACGCUGGCAACAGUAUCCAGAAGAGCGGUUCGGCGACUGCCCUGGACAGCAAGUUCAAGAGUUUCCAGAGCAAUAUCACUGAUUGUCAGAAACUGUUGAAGCCUGCACCAGAAGUCAGCAACAGCAUGCAGACGUUCUGCAAUAUUAUCGCUGAGCGAAAGUCGCCAACGUAUAUGACGCAGCAUAGUUCACCUUCUGGCAUAUUUCCGACAUUAGCUGAUAGCAAACAGGCAAAGGACGGCGAGAAUGAAGAAAAGAAAAUGUUAUCUCAGAAUCCUCCAUCAAAUGUCACCGAGACUGAGACAAAGAUAAAUAAUGAAGAAACUGAACCUUUGAAGAAAGUGAUUGUCGAAAACCCAGAAACGAACGAUGAGCCCAAGAAUGAAAAUGUACCUGAAGGUCGACCUAGAAGUCCCUUACAUGAAACCAGCAUAAUAGUACCUCAAAUUGAUUGGGGUAAGAAAAACGAUGUAUCUUCAGAUAGCUUGAACUCAUCCAGUGAUGAAGAUAAAGACAAAGUGAAGAUAUUUGGCGAGAUUCCGACGGUUACAGUGGAUCAGGCGCAUGAAGAACCUGCAGAUCUGGAAGAAACACCUUUCGACUCACUGUGUCACGUGACAAUUAGGAAGAAAGUAAAAGCGAAUGAAGAAAUCAAAGAUAACGAGCUGGAAAAGGAUGAGAAUGUCGCUGGAGAAAAGGAAAAAACGAAAGAAAAAGAUGAUGCAGAAGAGGAAUUGCUAGAUUCACUGUGUAUAAAAACUGGGCAAGAUUCGAAACCAGUGUAUGCAGAGGCUGUGAAUAAGAAUGUGUCCAGUGAAAAGAAGUCGCUGAAUCAACCAAAAACUUUACCUAAUUUGUCAUGCGCUUUGCCCGAUAUCCACAAAAGUUUGCAUUUGAGGAGAGCAAAGAAGGAUGAAAAUAGUGGGGAACUGGAAACGGAAGUUGUGCAGAAGAAUUCCAGUGGGAUAAGUUCACCAGAAUCUAUGCUUGAUCAACCCACAGCUCUAACCGAUACAGAACUGUCAGAUUGGGCUAGAGAUGGUAUUGUUUCUGACGACUUGGAAUUCGAGGAUAUCGUAGUCGAUCCAAAAGACAAUCAAGCACGAAAUACACAGAGAGGUGUCAGAAGAAAAAGUAAAGAUGAAAAGUCGAAACAUAUUGCAGAUAUUUCUGAAAUUGACUUGGAUAAAAAUCAGCACAAAAAGGAUGACAAUUUUGAAAGAAACUAUAAAAACACUGAGGUAAACGAGGCUGUGAAUGCACCGUUGUGUGAGAAAACAAUUUCUGAGGCUAUCAACAAAAGUAUACUGGGCUCAAAUUCUGAUAUUGCGUUCAUGGAUACAGGUAUGACAGAGUCCAGUUCUGAUGCGGACACAGAUAAAAACUAUAGUCAAGGUCAAGAUCAAGGAGGAUAUCGGUUAUUGAAAAACGAUGCGGAAAGUGAUUUUGCCGAGGACAGCUUAAAUCCAUGCGUUAACAUUGAGGUGUUCGAGACGAGAAAUGAGAAUGUUUGGAGUCGUGGAAAGGAUGAUGCGACGAAAAUUGAGGAAACGCCAAAGAAUACGGGGUAUUGUUACUUAACGGAUGAAAAUGAAGAUCUGAGAGAAAAUGUUUCAGAGGCGACGAAAUCUGAAGUAAGCAAGGGACUUGAUGAUCAGAACCUCUUGACCGUCGAAACUGGCACAACAACUGAGGAAAAUACUUGUAGCGAUUCAACCGUAAAACCUGUCACGGAAUUGAAUUUUGAUAAAGAGAAUCUGCCUCCGGUAGAUAUCGAUAAAACCCCAGUAGCUGAAAUCAUUGACAGCAUAACCAAGGAUUUCAAUGCUGCCAAUAUAAUUGAUAACAAGGAAUUGAGCAACGUAAGACUGACCAAAGAAUUUGAUGUAAAAGACAAGGAUACCAAGAAAGUUACCAAUGCCGACAGUGGAAAAUCGCUGGCUACCAAAAGUGAUAAACGAAAAUCUAGAAAAGACGAAAGUGUAGAGUUCGACGAGAGACAUCAAGGAUUGAAAUCGAACGUCGAUUUUAAAAAUGCCAAAGAUUCCAUUGAUAUACGUAAAGCUAGAAGGAGAAGUAAGCCUGAUGUAAUGGCUGGGCAACCAUUACAAGUCCAACAAAAACCGGACUUGAUUCAGGAAGGAUCUUUACCAAUCAUUGAUUCAGCGGCAGCUAAGAAGAAAGAAUCGAUGGUUCUGAACCUAACACCGGAUAUUUUGUACAGAAAAAACGUUAUCCAGAAAGAAAGAGAUGUGAACCAAAGACUUGUACACGAGAUGGUGAUGAACAAAAUGAAAACAUUAGAGAGAAAGAGCAGAGAAAGACCUUCACCUGUUAAUACUGGAAAUGAAAACAUGAGCUUGUGGAGGUCUAAAACAGCAACAGAUUUAUUUGCUCAUAGACGCAGCAAUUUGAAUGAAAGUAAAGCAGGAGCGUCCACAGAAGGAAUUUGUGACUCGAAAAGUCCUACAAAUGUUAAAACUGAAGCAGCUUGUAGCACACCCGAUGUUCUACUAUCAACAAACAUAUUACCACGGCUGCAAAACUCAAAAUCUGCUAUGGAUGUUAAAAGUUCGAUGUCUUUUUUAGACAAAGAAAUUAACGAGUACAAUAACGCUUUGAAAUCAUUUGAAAAUGAUGAUAAAAGACCUGUAAGCGUCUUUUCGUCCUUCUUGAGAGAGAAUGAACCAAAAUCUAUGGCUAGCAUGCCUGAGAUAAGUGACGCUCCAAAAGCGCCCCCUAGGUACAAUAAGAGCGACGAUAUUAGCAGAAAACUUGAAAAGCUGAAACAGAAUGUGAAGGUUAGAGAAAAGAAAAGAGAUAGUGAAGAAAGAUCAUUGCAACGCCAUAGUUGGAUCGAUGGUAGUUCAGAAAAGGACCCGCAUGGCAGCAAAAGUAGUGUGAGGAAAUCCAAAAGUAAAGAGGGGGAAGAUAAAAAAGUCCAUCGUAGAAACUCUUGGUUGUACUCGGCGAACGUGGAUAGUAAAGCCAAAAGCAAAAAAGACAUCAAAGGAGCUGCAGCUAGUAUUGAGAAAAUGAGGAGAGGCAGUUCUGAAUCCGUCCUGAAAGUAAAAAGGUCAAAGUCCUUCUCUGAGAUUUGUGAUAAGGAAGGAUCGCCCAGUAACAUUGGUAAAUACACCCUCGUAGAAAUUGACGCGGAUGCGGUUCGCAAGUCUGAUCCGAAUAUUUUGGAGUUGGAAACGGAUAAGAAGACAGUUGAAGGUGAAAAACAAUCGGGGGGUAAAAAGAAAAAGGAUCGGGAGAGGAGGAAGAGUAUAACGAAAAUGUUCGCGACUUUGUUUACAAGAAAAAGUCCGACUGGGGCGUCCAAGAAAGGGGGACUUUUUGCGAAGCUGUCGCCUAAAUCAAAGGAAGUUUCAAAGUCUUUGGUAAAUCUGUCGGAGCUCAGAAACAGCGCUGAAAUGGAAGAAAAACCGAUUCGUCAGAAAAGUUUGUCAGAAACGAGUAUACAAAGGAAUCUAGUCACACCGCCACCUAUACCGCCGCUGCCUAAGAAUUAUCACGCUGUAAGAAUGACAGAUGAUAGUUCCGAUGGGGAGUUGGAGUGCAGGAGGCUCAGUUCAUGUGAUACCUUAGACCACUCUGGAGCAUUUGAAACAUCUGCACAUGGAUCCAGGUCGUCUAAUAAAGCUAUGAAAGCAGCUAGACAAUCACAGGCAAAGAGACUUCGCCUAGCUCAAGAGAUCCAGCGCAAGCUACAAGAGACAGAAGUGAAAACCAAAGAGCUGGAAAUAAAAGGCGUAGAGGUGGAGAAAGCGUUAAGAGGCGAAUGUGGCAGCGAGUGCGAUUGCGCCGGUAAAGACGAAACUGAACUCCUGAGGGAGUGGUUCGCGCUGAUGCGAGACAGACAAGAAUUGAGGAGGUACGAGAGGGAGUUGACGGAUAGAGCGAAGGAGUUGGAGCUGGAGGACAGGUACCAACGGCUGGGGAGAGACAUGCGGGACAAGCUCUCUAUCGAACAUGAUGGUCAAGCAGAAGUUGGCAUUUAGAAACGGUCCGUAACUGAAGCCUAAUCAGAACAAAAUAAUUGCAAUUUUUAUUGAGAUAACACAGUAUUUUAGAUAGCCUAUUAUUGUGCAUUAUUUUUGUAUAUUUAUUAAGUAUUAACCAAGCUGAUUUUUUCUCUUGUCGAGAGGGAGGGAUAAUUAUUUGCUAUUUGUACAUCUCUUGUAAUAUUUAUUUGUUGCGUAAUAUAUAUUUGCGUUACGAUUUUUCAAGAUAA